UGGAUUAGGGUCACAUACACGCCAAUACGCCGGGGAUAGAAAAAUCUCCACCGAGACGUGGAAGACAGCCCGUCGUUCUCGCGUGGCGGCGUCACUAGCUAACCCUAGAUCAAGACGAGUGCAUCCACCGCUCUCCACGCCGCCGCCGAUCUCGUCGAGAGGCAUCCACGACUCUCCACGCCGCCGCCGAUCUCGUUCGUCCAGCGUGUGAGUUUUAAUUCAUCCCGUACUGCAUUUCUUCCUGUUCCGUAGCGGCACUGGCUGGGCGCCGGCACCUGCGCAAGCGGCGGCUGGGCGUCUGGCACUAGAAAAAUACCCAAGGUGAGCGGCACUAGCUGGGCGCCGGCACCUGCGCGAGCCGCGGCUGGGCGUCUGGCACUAGAAAAGGGCGUCUGGCAGCUGGGCGUCUGGCACUAGAAUAGACGGCGCUUCAGAUUGAUAGACAGAACCUCCAGAGGAGAACACAAAAGCUAGCCAAGAUCCAUGUGAUCUGUACGUACGUACCUUUUUUUCCCUAAUUCUUCUCAGAUCCUUGCCAGUUCAUUGGAAUUUAUUAGCCAUAUACAAUGACUCUUAACCAAAAGCUGGGCGUGUGAUUUAUUAGCUAUCUACGUAGUGGCUGGGCUGUGAUCUGUGGAUGAACAAGACCAAGCAGGAACGGAUGGGAAUGAAUAGAAGGGUUCGAGAUCUAAUUAACCAUAUACAAUGACUCUUAACCUUUGAUUUGUUAUAUUCUAAAAUUUAUUAGCCCAUUUCUUUGUUUUGUAUGCUAUGAUAUCAGAUUGCAUUGUACCAAGGAUAAGAAAAAAUGGAUCAACUAAUUAGGAAGAGAAGAGAAGAGGAGGACGAGGAGUUAAUGCUCUUUCUUUUCCCUGCUCUUUAUUUAAUUAGUAAUAGAGGGAGAGAGAAAAGAGCAAGGCAUGCUUCUAUUCUAUCUGGCAAGGAGAGACUUAAUGAGAUUCUCGAAGGACAUGAGAAGAAUUGUCUUGUCGCAUUCCGUAUGGAGCCUAGUAUAUUCAAAAAUAUAGCAUCAUUUCUUAGAGAAGAACACAUCCUACGUGAUACAAGGGGUGUAACUGUGGAAGAAAAAUUGGGAAUGUUCCUUUUCAUGUUGUCCCAUAAUGCUAGUUAUGAGGAUUUACAACAUGAAUUCAAACAUAGUGGUGAAACUAUCCAUCGACACAUCCAGUCAUUUUUCCAUAUAAUCCCAUCUCUCAUGUAUAGAUUUGUGAAGCCUGCCACUGGAAUUUCAGUUCAUUGGAAGAUUACCACGGAUGAACGGUUCUUUCCUUACUUCCAGAAUUGCAUUGGAGCUAUUGAUGGAACACAUGUUCCAAUUACCAUUUCAGCAGAAAAGCAAGCUCCCUAUAGGAAUAGAAAAGGCACACUAAGUCAAAAUGUAAUGUUGGUUUGUGAUUUUGACUUGAACUUUACUUUUAUAUCAUCUGGUUGGGAGGGAUCAGCUACAGAUGCUAGGGUUCUAAGGUCUGCGCUACUUGGAGGAUUCCAUGUUCCUGAGGGAAAGUAUUAUCUUGUCGAUGGGGGAUAUGCUAACACACCAUCAUUCAUUGCACCGUACCGUGGUGUUCGAUACCACUUGAAAGAAUUUGGCCACGGUCACCAACGACCAAGAAACUAUAAGGAAUUAUUUAAUCACCGGCAUGCUUUAUUGCGGAACCACAUAGAGAGAGCAAUAGGAGUUUUGAAGAAGCGUUUCCCUAUUCUAAAAGUUGGAACACACCACCCAAUUAGGAACCAAGUGAAAAUACCAGCUGCGGCAGUGUUGUUCCAUAAUAUUAUACGGAUGCAUAAUGGGGAUGAAGAUUGGUUGAAUAGCCAAACAAGUAACAUAUCGCCAGAAACUUUUGUUGAUCUUCCUGGAGGAGACAAUUACUAUAGCAAUGAUGUCGUGUCGCUUAAUAGCCAAGUGGAUAAUGGGAACUCUGUUAGAGAUAUGAUUGCAUUGAAUAUGUGGAAUGAUUAUAGUCAACAUCGUUCAUGAUAUAUCAAGAAUGUUUGGAAGAGGAUCUCCUAGGAUGAACCUGAUCCAAGCUGCAGCUAUGCAAAGAGUAUCCCCUAGAUCUACUACUAACAAGCGCAAGAAGAGAACAUCACCAAAAGUUGGUCGUCUUAGAGCAAACUGGAAUAGUGGACUAGAAAAGGGUUUAGUUGAAAUUCUUCAAGACCACAACAAUGACUGUUAUAAGGGCCAAAAUGGGUGGUCAUCGGAAGCAUGGAAUAGAAUUGUCAAGUUAUUCCAUGAGAAAUUCCCUUAUGUCACAUUUACAAAAUGCCAAAUCCAAGAUAAAGAGAAAGAGUUAAAGAGAGACUACAAGGCUCUUAAAGAGGCAAGACAACAAAGUGGGGUAUCAUGGGAUGAGCGGUUGUGUAGAAUAGAGGCAGAAGAACCCAUUUGGAAUAACCUCACCAUUAGUAACGAGAGACUUAAGAAGUUUCGGACUAAAUCUUUCCCACUAUUUGAGGCUUUAGGAGAGCUACAUGAUGGGAAUAUUGCUGAGGGAACCAUGAAUUUUACUUCUAUUGAGCCUUAUCGACCUCCAGUCACACAACCUUGUCAAGGUGCUGCUACACAUCCUUCUCAAGCUGCUUUUAUGCUCACACAGCCUUCUCAACCGUCUUUCACACAACCUUCUCAACCCGCUUUCACACAACCUUCUCGAAUUGCUUACACACAACCUUCUCAAGCCGCUUUCGCACAGCCUUCUCAAGCCGCUUUCGCACAGCCUUCUCAAGCCGCUUUCACACAGCCUUCUCAAGCCGCUUUCGCACAUCCUUCUCAAGCUACAAUCACACAAGCCAUUUCUAAUGAAGAUGAUGACCUCAGAGUAUUAGAUCCAAUAGCCCCUACAUCAGUGAGCAAAAGGGCAAAAAAUGUUGGUGCUGGUAGUUCAAGGACAAGAAUUGACAAGCGUGGACAAGAUGGGAAGGUGGUUGAGAUGAUGGAAAGGUUUCUAGAGAUGAAAGAAAAACAAGAUGAGGUGGAGAAAAGGGCGACAACUAAUGCAAAUGAGGAUGAUUUCCCUAUUACAACAUGCAUUGCUAUUGUGGAUGGAAUGGAAGAGCUUUCUGAUGAUGAGAAGGUUGAUGCUUAUGAUGUGUUUAAGGAUGCCCAAAACAGGGCCAUUUUCAUGAUUGCCAAAGAUGCUACACGCAUAAAAUGGUUGAGGAAGAAGAUUGCUAGAACAUGAUAUAUGAUACUGCUUAUGAUGUUGUUUGAAACUUGAGGGAUCAAAGAAAAUGCAACGAAGAAUUUGGAAGACCUUGAAAUUAUUACUAGCAAUUGUUUGAAAGCAAUCUAGUAAGCGAACUUUCAGUUGGAACCUGUCAUGGCACUUGUGAAAUCUUCAUUUUUUAUAAGCACCUCUGAAUGUGAUCCUUCUUGUCAUUAAAUCAAGACUACAAAGAUGGAUGUUUAUUUAAUUUGCCAUAAGCACCUCUGAUUGUAAUACUUCUUGUUAUUAAAUCAGGACUAGAACGAUGAAUGUUUUUUUCUAAGCACUUUUGAAUGCUAUGUUAAUUUGCACAUUCGAUGUGCCAUGGUCAGUAUUUGUGC